AUGAUCACCUGUCGACUACCCACCAGCCGCUCCACCACAAUCGUCGCCGUAUCGGGCCUCACCCUCCUCCUCUUCGUCCUCCUGGCGUCCCAACUCGAGGUCCUCCCCAACUCCUUAUCCACCACGACCUACUUCUCAUCCACGUCCCUCUUUCGGAAAGCGGCGCCAUCCGCCUGGUUCGCGGACGGCGGGUACCUUCGUCGUGACGCCUCAGAUGCCUGGGCGACAGCGUACGAGAUCCGAGAUGCCGGAGUGGGCGAGUACUCGUGUGAUGAGUAUGAGAUCACAGAGAGCGGGGCUCGGAGGUGUCUGAGCACCCUGAGGCUUAUGCGGGCUCUGAGGGACAACUCGGUCGCUCAGGUCGAUGCGGUGGCUAUGAGAGUGGCAGGAGGCGGUGGAGACGAGGACGGAGCUAGCGUCCGGAUGAUGUUGGAAGGACCGGACGAAGGAGAGGGUGCGGUAGAAGAGGAGUUGAGGCGGACAGCCGAGUUGCUGAGGGGUAUAAAGGGGAAGCGCGUCCUUUAUCUCGGAGACAGCAUCGAUCGGUAUCCGCUCGAAGAGCUACCGGAAAACUAUCCCUCGUCCUCCCUCGUCGUCCUCGAUCCAGCCAACGGUCACCUUCUCCGGCGAGACAACGGCGACGCCCCCUCACCCUCCCCCGCUCCAGCUCCAGCUCCCGCCGGACCGGUCCGCGGCCACACUACCACCUUCUUCAACGUCCGGAUCGCCAACUCCAUCCUCUCCAGCCUGGCCAACGAUACCUCAUACCACCCUGCCCGUCGACUCCAUCCCGACGACUUCCGGAUCGACCUCCUCUUCACCUUCGGCCUCCUCCACUAUCCCUCCAUCGACGACUUUAUGGCCCGCAUCGCGCAGCUGGACGGGCUCACCGGUCCCGCCUCUUCAUCUUCUUCAUCUCUCGCUUCCGAGUCGUCAUCGGCAACAGCCGCUAAGGCUGCGUAUGACCUCAUCUGCGUCAAUGUCGGAUUAUGGGAUAUGGAGGACAUGCACAAGAUGGGGGACCACUCUCCGGGCGGUCUAGCCGGGAUCGCGUCGGCCUGGAUCGACACCUACGUCGACCGGUACAUCAACCUCAUUGGCCGUCUGCGGAUCAAGUACGGUGCCCAAAUCCCCAUCGCCCUCCGGCUUACGCACGAUACGCACCACGUCGGCAAUUCGGAGCACUUUAUAGGCCGCUCAGAUCGGAACAUGUCCGUCAAGCCCAGCGGGAGGUGGCGAGGCGGACGGGCACCGCAGAGCAAAACUCAUCUCGAGCCAGGCGGGCAUAUUAGCUGGCUAUCUCGGCUGGCGCUUCGGAAUUCAAGCAAGGCCAUCGUCAUUGCCGGAUGGAUCCACAGCAAGGGGAGGGGAAGAAGUGGAAGAUCGACGAGGAGAGAAGGGGAUGAGGAGGGUUUGCGAUGUAUAGAUACAUCGUCCACACUAGCCGUUACUGUGGAGACCGAUCCGACCGCUCCCGCCGCCCCUCCAUCACUAUCGGACCGCCCUUAUUUCUUGUUCCCUGCCACCGCCACUCGCACCAACACCUCCCGUCGUCGUCCCCCUGCCCUCCUUCGGACGCCGCCCAGGCUCGGCCGGAGUCGAGUAUCGAGGAAUCGACCAAGGCGCAGCAGAGGGGAUCUACCAAAUCUCGCUCACGUCGGUGUCAGGAAUAUCGACCUGCUCAAGAGGACCAACCCCCCCGCAGACACCCCUCACCUUACCCAGGACCGAAAAACAUGGGAAGCGAAAUUCUGGGCGACCUGGAAGCAGGCUACGGACCUGGACGGGUUUGACGCGCCCGAGGAGGUGAUGAACGGCGCGUUUCACGACGCUCUCGCUGAGGCCGAGGGCGAGACGUUCUUCUUCGACGACAUCGACAUCCGUUGA